GGAAGCAACACGAUUGGCAUUAGUUUCUGGAGACCAAGCCACUUACGCCAGAAGUAUACGAAUUAUGGGGGACAUUUAUAGAAAAAAGUCUGAUAUUAAUAAAGCCUUUCGUCAAUACGAAACAGCAAUGGGCUCUGCAGCUGCUAUGGGAGAUCGGGUGAUACAAAUGGAAUCAAUGGAUGGCGCAGCGAGGUGUUUGGAAGCAUUAAGGCUUCAGCACAAGAUAUGCAACUGUAGACCCUUAGAAUUUAAUACUAGGUUACUUGAAGUAGCUAGUUCAGUUGGUGCUAAGCUUCUAGUGAGAAAAGUACGGAUUCGACUGUCCCGGAUCUACCACGCUUUGGGAGACGAAGACCAAAAGCUACACCACGAAAGACUCGCUCUCCGGAUUCAAGAGGAUUUAGACUUGCAAUGUGGCGGAUGUGGAUCACCUUAUGGCCUUGAAAGUGACUCUCUCGAAGCCCUGCCUUGUGCUCAUAUCCUUCAUGCAAGAUGUGCCUAUGAAUUAUUUAAAAGAAACAAAAAGAAGAAACGGUCGUGUCCUGACUGCGACCGUACCAGUUCUAGACUGUACCUAAACUGUAACGAUUACAACAAUAUGACGUACAGUCCAAUACCUCUGUCGGUGUGUUCAUCCGACAGUCACUGUACAUCGCACCAAGCCAUUAGUUCGGUCUAA